UAUCAAUAUGGCGGCUCUCAGUACUGGCUCAUGCUGACCGUUAGGAACAAACCUGACUUUUUUGUUCAUUAAUUACAGGUUUUCCGGGCAGAUUAUGGGUUUGUUUUAACCCUGUGAGACAUCAUUAAAGCCGCCAUGUUGGCAUCAUUAGUUGUGAGGAGGACAGCAGUCUCCAGAGGGAGGGUCAGGUCUCUGGUCUCUCUCAGCAGGACUCUCUCCACCAACCAGCCCGGCUCCCCGGAUGGAACUCCCCACCCUCCGCCCGACACCGCCGCUCCUCUCCCGGACAGCGAGCCGGUGGAGCAGCGGAGACCCAGGAAAGACCCCCGGGACUGCUCCGUGCUCCUCUUCCCCGGCCAGGGCAGCCAGUUUGUGGGCAUGGGUAGAGGACUGUUGAGGUACCCUAACGUUAAGGACAUGUUCAGGGUGGCUCACAAGAUCCUCGGGUACGACCUGCUGUCUCUGUGCCUGGAGGGACCCAAGGGGGAGCUGAUGAAGACGGUUCACUGUCAGCCGGCGGUGUUUGUCACCUCCCUGGCUGCUGUGGAGAGGCUCAACCACGAAAACCCCAAGGCCAUUGAGACGUGUGUCGCUGCUGCUGGUUUCAGCGUUGGAGAAUUCGCUGCCCUGGUUUUUUCUGGUGCUAUGAACUAUGCAGAAGCACUGUAUGCGGUGAAGGUUCGUGCAGAGGCCAUGCAGAAGGCAUCAGAGCUGGUUCCCAGUGGGAUGCUGUCGGUCAUGGGUAGACCACAGGCUCAGUACAAACUCGCCUGUGUGCAGGCUAAAGAGCACUGCAGCAGCCUGGGGAUUAAGGCGCCAGUCUGCUCUGUGGCCAACUAUCUGUUCCCUGAUGGCAGGGUCAUCGCAGGGCACCAACAGGCUCUGGACUUCCUCCAGCAAAACUCACGACGUCUCCAGUUUGUGAGGAGCAAACCUCUCCCAGUCAGCGGGGCUUUCCACACUGAGCUGAUGGAGUCGGCCACUGAACCUCUCAGGGAGGUGCUCAGACAGGUGGAGGUCCGGCGUCCCGAGAUCAACGUGUAUUCCAAUGUGGACGGCAAACGCUACAUGAACGCAAGCCACGUGCGCAGGCAGCUGGUGAAGCAGCUGGUGUCGCCGGUGAAGUGGGAGCAAACUCUGCACGAGAUCUACGAGAGGACUCAGGGAACCAAGUUCCCACACACCUAUGAGGUCGGCCCGGGAAAGCAGCUCGGUGCCAUGCUUCAAAAGUGUAACAGGAAGGCGUUCACAACGUACACACAUGUGGAUGUCACCACUGAUGAGGAGGAGGACUGAUAACACGGACAUGUGGAGGUCAAAAAAUGGGCCUCAGUGUGGACAUACGUGACCAGCAAGCCCUGCUAAACCUGUGAGCUCCUGUGGUUGCUUCUUAUGGUCUUGUUUGUGUAUUAUAAUUAUUAUUAAGUAAUUAAAAAAAAUGUUUUUUAAUGAAUGAGA